GUCGCGUCUCGCCCGAUGAGCAAUUCUUCUCGCGUGACUUCCUCAACCACGAAAUCUCCUUAUACAUCAGCGCCAUUAAAUGCACUAGACGCCCUUGCUGCGCAUGCUUCAUCUUCACGUGAGGCAAACGCGCUUCCGUCAAGUGGUACGCGUGGAUUCACUAGCCUUGUUCUUCCUCGUGCGGCCACUUCUCCGGCCACCUCUGGAUCGAACUCUGGUGUUGGUACUUGGCGGCCCUGGAAAGCAGGUAGAAGGGCAACAGCCGCAGAAAGUUUGGGCGCUGGACUGGGGUUUGGAGAUGAGGUUGACCUAACACGAGCUGGACUUGCGCAGACGACGAUGGCUAGCGUGGAGAUUGUUCGUGGAAUCGCAUCUGGCACUGUCCAACGCCAAGGCUCGAAGUCUCGUGGGCCGCUGUUUGGCUUGGGCUGGUUCUCAAAGAAUAAUGCCAAGCAGGAAGGAAAAAUCUCGGCAGGUAGCUGCAGAGAGUCCGCUCGGUUUCACAGCCUAUCGAAAACCUCCUGUUUAUGUUGGCGGAAGUUCGGUGUUAGUGCAAGUAUGGGCCGUGGGGCUGGACGACGUGGAUGCUCGUCUUGUGGUAUCGGCACAAUCAGGGUCGUGAGAUUUGGGAAGCUGGACGGGCUUUACUCAGCCUUCCAGUUCACGAUGCCGCCCGAGCCAAUAUUGAAGGCAAUUUACCAUGCUGGUAGGCGACGCACCUUCGAGAAUACGCCUCAAGUUUUCAUCCGUGAAGGUGGACUUGAUCAUGGCGGGACGGUUGUGUCCAGAAUAGCUUAGACGAACCAAUUGCAACCAGAGUCUUUUAUUUGAAG